AUGCGAGCUGCCAUGAGCCACAAGUUUGGUCGUGACCACAAGCUUGGGACACAACCAUGGUCACAACAUCCAACAAUCCCUGGAAAGUCCAUCGGAAACCCAUUGCUCUCAGUCACAGUCUCACAAUACAUGGUUAGUCUCCAUCGAAGAAAGGUACGGUCUGGGGAGGCUGUUACAAGUGCUCGAGCCAUGGACAAAGCAACUAUGAAGCACCUGUGGGAUUUUCUCUGGGCAACACCACGCAAAGAGUACGGGCCAACAUCUUGCAAGCGAAAGGCUGAAAAUCCAGCAGAGUGGGCAGGAUUCACGAUUCACAGUAUGCUCCUGCUACUUUAUUUGGUUUCAAUGAUCUGUCUCCUGCGCUAUGACAAGGCCCUGCGGAUCACCUGGGCAGAUAUCACAUUCCAAGGUGAGGGCUUCCAACCUGCUGACUUCCGUGUGAGACUCGAACUGCCAUUCAGAAAAACCCAUCAAUAUGGAGGGAUAGCACCAUUCUAUGUGUAUGCUGACGAGCAACGUCUGUGGAUGUGCUUGGUGCGAAUGUUUGCAGUGUGGUGGAUGUUAGCAAGGGAGAGGUGUGAGAAUCUCGAUGGGUUUAUUUUUCGGAAGAAAAUUGGUACCGACAGUAUUAGUGUGAAUCCCACAGAUGGUAUGACCUCUGAUGCAUUCCUUGAGUGUUUUCGCAAUAACCUCCUGGAUAUUGGCGUGGACCCACGUCCUUAUGGUACUCACUCCUUCCAACGAGGUGGAUGUCAAUUCUUAUACAAGGUAUGCAGAUGGGACUUUGGAGACAUAUGUGAUUGGGGAGGAUGGGCCGAAAAUUUUGACAAUCCAGGUACAAUCUUCAAGUACCUGUUGUCAUGGAAUGACAAUCCUCGGGAGAAGCGAGAGCACUAUAUGAAUCCUAAUAUGCCAAGGAAAGACCCUUGCCAUGCUUGUGGUAGAACCUGUCAUUGUGCUUGA